AUCCGAAAAAGUAAGAAUUGUAUCUUAGAUAUAGAUACAGAUUGACUUUUAGAACGUAUCUAGAUAAUAUAUUUUAAAUAAAUAUAUCUAAAUAUAUUACAGAACUGCAACAAUAAAACAUACCCAUUACCUAAUAAUAUUAUAUUGUUCAUUUUCAAAUCGUAAUUGAACACGCCGAAUUAAUUAUGACGUAUUGUUAGAAAUUGAAAAUUACUGGGAUAUUGUGUAACCAUUAGGUUGGUAACAUCGCCGAUAGCGGUAACUACCGCACCCCGCCGGUCGACGUCCGGCAUUUUUACUCGUACUACUGUUGUCUGUUUACUAUUUCUCCGUUUUCGUGCACUGUAACAGAAACGGAACUCGAACCCGCCAUCCACACUACUCAAGUUACGAUACACACCUGAGACGACGAUUUUAUCACCAAGACACUAAACAUUAUUCGUAAAAUGAAGAAAAUGACCAACGUUCAUUGGCCGUCCUGCGUUUGACCGUUCGCAAACUGUCAGAUUUUUCACGGCGUUCCGACAUGUUACGCGCAACUCUUGUCCACUCGUGAGGGACCAUCGUGGCUGCUGUUGGAUAAAGGUAAACGCGUGCGAACCAUAGAUAAGUGAAUAACUGAACGGCAAGUGUAGCUGUUUUUUGCGUAAUGUGGUUGAAAUCCUUAAACAUCUUUCAUCUCUACAGUUUCUAGUUUUACUUUUAGGUUUUGCGUCAUCUAUACUGUUUCGAGUUUGUUACCACCAUUUACCUACACGAUAUUUCAAACUUUUUUCCUUUUUAGGUUAGGAAGUUGUUUUUUACUUUACUAAUUUUCGUCUUAUAUUUUAAUUGUUUAAUUAAUUUAUCCCUUAUCCAUUGAUCAUGGUCAUGUUUGUACAGUGUUUUUUCGCAGACUCGUUUUUCCAUUCCGCAGAUUAUUAUUAUCCGAGUUGCUCAUGCAGUUUUGUAUAUAUUGAUAAAUCAAAUAACGCAUUAUGUCCUUUCUGUUAUCAAUUUAUUAAUGUGGUACCUACUAAAUAUAUUAAUUUAAAGAUCAAUUCUAAAAUUAUGUAUUGUCAAAUUAUAGUGUACAUUUGAACCAUUUUCAAGUUAUUUCCGUCAUAAAAAUACAAUUUGAACUUUUUUUUUGUUCAAUUGAUAAAAUUAUUAUUUUUUUACUUAUCCUAAGUUACUCCUCAUUUGUCAUCACUUCAAACAUGAAUUCAUUUUACAAGUUAUUCUAAUAGUAGGUUUGAACAUAGGAUAUAGGAAGUUUUAAAAGAAAUUUACCAAUAUUAAUCAAUUGUAGUAGUUAUGUCCAACUAAUAAUAAUAAAAUAUUUUAUGAAGGUUACCAUGUACACAUUGUUAUAUGUUAGUAAUGCAAACAAUUGUUCUAGUGAUGUGUUUAGUUCAUGAGUUUGGCUGGUAUAUUAUACUGCAGUUCUUUGGCCCUAAUUAGUAAUUUUCAUAUUUACAAUAUAGAAUACAUACAAUAAACAAACAAAAUGUUUUAUUUAAAACAUAAUUUAUGUGAUGAAAGAUAACAAACUUUCUGAAUGUAGACCUAUAUAUAUUCCCAAAGUUAGAAUUUUGCACUACAUAUUUCUUGUGAUAUGGUUUUGAUAGUAAGUAUACAUUUAUUAUCAAUUGUGAUCUUAACUUUGCCAUUCAAAUAACAAUAACCAUUUAAAUAUCUGCCAAUAAAAAAAAAAUAGAACUAGGUAAUGACUAUUUUUAACAGUAAUCAUACAAAUGUUAUCCUUACAUGAUGAGAAAUUAACUGAUAUGAUGAUGCAUAGAUUCAUGAAGGCUAGGAUAAGUAGGCCAAUGCAGCCACUUGCAUGAAAAACAUCCCAAAAUAAGUCCCAUCAUUAAGCAGCCAUAGGCUACUCUGUGUAGUAUAGGGAUUAUUUUCAUGUUUUUUUGGAAAAUAUAUGCAUUAUUUCUAACCAUGAUCCAUUAUAAAUUGUCUAACUUGUAAAUUUACGAAUUCAAGCACAUGUAUAAUAUGUGUACAUUUUAUAACCAUAUCCUAUAAUGCAUAGUGUUACUUCAUGGCAUCAACCGACAAAAAAUUAUUAUCAUAAAUUACCCAACUAUAUUAGAUUGUACUAAUCAACUGUAAUUGAACAUAAAUAUAAUAUAUUAUUUAAACCAGUUAAUUUCAACAUAUAAUUGAAAUUAUUGAAUAAUUUAUCAAUGGCUCAGUGUGUAGAAAUGUCCAUACAAUUUAUUAGUAUAAAUUUUCGUCUAUUGUGUACAAAAAACAAAAUAAAACCAUUGAUAUACCUUUAAACUGCUUUUGUUUAAGGUAGCAAAGAGAUAGUUCAAUUAUUUUUUUUGUAAAACUGAAAUGCUCACACUCUACAGUAUGCAUUUAGCAUUUCAUGUCCAUUUUUUCAUAUCAAUUGCAAUAAUUUGGGGGGGGGUUACUCAUAUUGAAUUUCUUAAGUAAGUUUUUUUGGACCCUAGAGUACACAUAUAUUGAAUUCAAACAUACCUUAUGCUUACAUAGAAUAAGUAAAAUUAGCUUAAUCUUGAUUUUAGAGUAAAAGUAUUUAUUAUUAAAUUUAUAGAGAACAUUUUUUUGGAGGGAAUGUCUUAGGGUUUUUGUAGCAUUCAAAAUAUACAGGUAAAUAUAAUAGAUAUAAAACCUUUUUUUAUAAAUUACUUAUUUUAAUAGUUCAUAAUUUAAAAAAAAACACCUAUGACGUUCAAAAUAUUGUUCUCUAUAAAUUUCAUAAUAGGUACAUUUACUUUGAAAUCAAAAUUAAACUAGUUUUAUUUCUUCUGUUUAUCAUCGCUUUCAUGGUAAAACUGUGUAACUUGAAGUUUUGACAUAUUUUAAAAGAUUCCAAAAGCACCUAUCUUAAUCCUGUAAAAUUUAAAAAAAAAAAAUCUAGUUCACCAUGGAAGUGACGGUAUGCAUUGUUUUUGCAUUUUAUUCGGUAGUUGGAGUGAGACAGUAGAUGCGGAUUUAACGUCCUCUUAAUAUAUAUUAUAAUAAAUAUUAAAUAAUAUUUUGACUUCAUUAUCAUAAGUUUAAUACAGAUAUUGUGCAAUAGCUAUGAUUAAUGAAGACUAGAUUAUUCUAGUAUAAAAACAAAAUAUUUAUGAAAUAUACACACACGCUAAAGUAGCAAUCCUAGCGUACGCAGCGCAAACUAGCUGUUUAAUUGUGCUAUUGUGCCAUUUAAUCGUAAAUGAAAGCAGAGUUUGGUUUCCUUAUUCUAGUUUUCAUGCAUAGAUCACAGAUUUUAAUCCAUGGCAUAGGUUCAUUCAUAGUCAUGUAGAAAAUUGUACAUCCCUUUCUCAAGCAAAUUAAAUUUUUCUUCAAAAUAAACUACAAGUUUUCAAACACUGAUAAAAUCUUUCUAAUCAGUUAAUUAAAUAUAAUACAAACAAAACACACAUUUUUUAAAAAAAUUAAUAAAACGAAAAUUAUAAAAUAAAAUAAUUUGUGUUCGAAUUACACUACAGUCCAUACUCAUGCCAUAUCAUAUAUUCUAGUUAUAUUUUAUAAAAGUAUAAUAUUUAUGUUUUUAUUAUAGGUAAUCUGAUUUGAAAACAUCAUGUAUUUGUAUAAUAUGACAUUGCAACGUGGUAGUGGCAUUACGCACGCUAUCCAUGGCAAUUUUAGUGGUGGAAAAGUACAAGAGAUUUUAGUAUCUCGUGGUAAAUCUUUAGAACUCAUGAGACCUGAUACAAAUACUGGUAAAGUCCACACUUUGUUAACUGUUGAAGUAUUUGGAAUAGUUCGUGCUUUAAUGAGUUUUAGACAAUCUGGAGGGACUAAAGGUAAAUAUAAUGUAUAAGUAUUCUGUGUUCUUAAGAGUUUUAUAAAUAUUCAUUUUAUUUAAUAUGCUUGUUAUUUUUCCUUAUUAUACAAAUUUAAUUUAUUUUAGAUUACAUAGUUGUUGGUUCUGAUUCUGGGAGAAUUGUCAUAUUAGAAUAUCUACCAUCAAAAAAUAUUUUGGAUAAAGUGCACCAAGAAACUUUUGGCAAAAGUGGAUGUAGGCGAAUUGUCCCUGGACAAUAUUUGGCUAUUGAUCCAAAAGGAAGAGCAAUAAUGAUUGGUAAUAAUAAUUAAGGAAAAAACUUACUUACUUAAUAUUAAUUCUUAAAAUGGUUUAGGGGCUGUUGAAAAACAAAAAUUAGUUUACAUUCCAAAUAGAGAUGCUGAAGCAAGACUAACAAUUUCUUCUCCUUUGGAAGCGAAUAAAAGUAAUACAUUAGUAUAUCACAUGGUCGGAAUCGAUGUAGCAUUUGACAAUCCAAUUUUUGCUUGUCUUGAAAUUGACUAUGAAGUAAUUUGAACUUAAAAUGUCUUGAAAACAUUUAAACUGUAUUAUCUUAAAUUUGUAUUUUUAGGAAGUUGAUGCAGAUCCAACCGGAGAAGCUGUUCAGACUACCAGACAAACGCUUACAUUUUAUGAGGUAGAUUUUGGAUUAAAUCAUGUGGUUCGUAAAUAUAGUGAACCUUUAGAAGAACACGCUAACUCCCUUAUUACUGUCCCUGGUGACAAAGAUGGACCUGGAGGAGUAUUGAUAUGUUCUGAAAAUUAUAUUACUUAUAAAAAUCAAGGAGAACAACCUGAUAUACGGUGUCCAAUACCUCGUAGAAGAGUGAGUUUAACUUGAUGAACAUUUUUCAUCUAUAUACUAUUGAUGUUAUUUUAUUGCACUAUAGGUAUCUCUUGUGUGCGAGUAAUUUUCCCACACCGGUCGUGAAUGAGUGCUAUAUUAUUAGAUGCUAUUAUUUUGUUGAAUAAUAUUUUUAUUGAUAUAAAUUUUAUUCAGAGCUAUCUAACAUUAUCUAUUUAUAAAUUGAAUAUAUUAUUUAAAUUAUUGUUUUAUUGCACUAUAGGUAUCUCUUGUGUGCGAGUAUUUUUCCCACACUGGUCGUGAAUGAGUGCUAUAUUAUUAGAUGCUUAUUAAUUUGUUGAAUAUUUUUUAUUGAUAUAAAUUUUAUUCAGAGCGCUCUAACAUUAUCUAUUUAUAAAUUUGAUAUUUUACUUAAAUAUACAUACCUUAUAAAUACCUAAGGUAAAAUCUUGUUUUAUUGCACUUCAUGUCACUUAUAUUAUGCAAAUAAUAAAUAAGUGUUUUACAUUAUAAAUAUUAUGCAGAUAAUAGUAAAUAGUAAUAUAUUUUUAUAAUUAUUAAUUCAUGCUGUGUAAUGUGUAACUCAUAAGGUACUUAGUUUGUAUAAAUUAAUUUAAUGCUAAUGUUAAAAAAAAAAUGCAAUAAAAUGCUACAAAUAAACUUAAAGCUAGAUUUUUGGAAUUCAAUUUAUUUAUUUUAGACUAUAUUUUCUGAUAUUAGCUUUUUAUAAGUCAGAGAUAUAGAUGUAUAUACUAAUAUGAAAUUAUUUGAUUUAGAUUAAAAAUAAUAGUAAUUAUUCGACAUUUUUAGAACGAUUUGGAUGAUCCAGAACGAGGAAUGAUUCUGGUUUGUAGUGCUACACAUAAGACUAAAUCUAUGUUUUUCUUUUUGGUUCAAACUGAACAAGGAGAUGUUUUUAAAGUAACAUUAGAAACAAAUGAAGAGUUUGUUACAGAAAUUAGACUAAAGUAUUUUGAUACUGUACCUGUAGCUUCUGCGAUGUGUGUUCUUAAAACUGGAUUUUUGUUUGUAGCAUCAGAGUUCGGAAACCAGUAAGUUAAAUUAUUACUCUUAAUUAUGGUAAUUUAUUUAUUUUAUUUUAUUUUGCAGUUAUUUAUACCAAAUAGCAAAUUUGGGAGAUGAUGAUGAUGAACCAGAAUUUAGUUCAGCAAUGCCUCUUGAAGAAGGAGAUACAUUUUUCUUUGCACCUAGACAAUUGAGAAACUUAGUUUUAGUUGAUGAAAUGGAUUCAUUAUCACCUAUAAUGGCUUGUCAAGUUGCUGAUUUAGGUAUUAAUUUGAUUUACUCGUGUUCUCUGAUCGUUGUUUUGUUUAAAUAUUAGUUUAGUGAUAACAUUUAUUUAUUUAACAGACAAUUUUCCAAUAAACCCCUUCUAAGAAAAGGUUCUAUUCAAUAAUAUUUGUAACUAUUUAUAAAACAAUUUGCUUUGUGCCUUAAACUAAUAAUAACUUAGUUGUGUUCAAUUGAUUGUUUUCAUCGGUUUAAAUUAGAAAUUAAUUUUCUUAUAUUAUUUAGUUCAAUCUAUUCUGGCCUGAUGUUAAAGAUACACGUUUAGGCUGAAUAAAUAAUGAUGCCUGUGUUAACCUGCGGAGCUGAUUCAGAUUUUGGAAUAAGGAGACAUCAUUCACCAACUACUUACCUCUUUUGAUCAUAUUGGUUAAAAGUUCAAUACUAGUUGGAAGAUAAAAUUCGUUUAACUAUCCUACUAUUAGUUGUACUAUAAACUAAUCGUGAGGAAACACUCGAUACAUUUAGGUACUCAACUAUUUAUAAAAUAGUGUAGUGAAUACUGGUAUUACUGAUUUUGGUGGCUUAAAUAGACUUCUUAUGUUUUUGUCAAAAAUAUAUUACUUAGUUCAAUUUAUUCUGGCAUGAUGUUAAAGAUACACGUUUAGGCUGAAUAAAUAAUGAUGCCUAUGUUAAUGUGUAGAGCUAAUUCAUAUCACAAAUAUCUAAACAAAAUUACUUGAAUUUACUAUAUUAUUUUUGUUGAUAUUUAAUAUUUUGCAUAUAAUGUAAAUUAAAUCAUGAAAAAUAAAUGUAUGUAUUUUUAUUUUAGCUGCUGAAGAUACUCCUCAACUAUACAUGGCAUGUGGCCGAGGAUCAAGAUCUACUUUGAGAGUUUUAAGACAUGGUCUCGAAGUUUCAGAAAUGGCUGUAUCUGAAUUACCUGGCAGUCCGAAUGCUGUAUGGACUGUAAAAAGAAGAGCGGACGGUAAGAUUUUUAUAUGUAUUUCUUGUUCCCAGAAUAUACCAGUACUUUUAGUUUUAUAAUAUUAAGAUGUUUCGAGUUAUUACAAAGUUUUCCUAUUUAAAAUUAUAGGUAGGUACUUGGGCUAAGUUAUCUUAGGAGUUAAGACCUCCCAAAAUGUCCGCUCUUAUUUUUUUUGAAUAUUCUUAUAAAAUCUUAAAAUCCAAUCGUAUAUUAAUGCGCUGGUGAAUAGAUUAUAAAAUCUAUCAAACACCAGUUCGUUUAUUUUUCAGGUAUUGAAUCACCGUAUUGGCUCUGAAUCAAAAAGGUAAGUUGUAGAGUUGGACGGGAGUGAUCGAAGCAAUCCAUUUAUAAAAUAAGAACACCUCAGCCGAAAUAAUUAAAGAAUACUUGAGUUUAUUAAUUUAUAUUGUAAGAUAAAUUAUAAACUAAUAAGAAAAUACUGGUGUAUAAUAUUUUCACUGUUUCAGCAUCUUGAUGUAAAUGGGAUGAGUCCUUAUAUGGGGCAUUCCAACAAUCAACUAGUUGUCUACUAUUGAUCACAACGUUAUAAUAUAAUUUAUUAAUUAUUCUGUUAAAAUAAGACACAACUUCAAGUCGGCAAAUAUUUUUACUGUGAUAAUUUUUUAAUUGAAUAAUUUUUCGUUCAACACUAUUUUUUCUUUAUGUAACUAUUAUCUAUUUCUAUAAAUUUUCUGAAAAAUCAAUUAAUUUGUUUUUUGAUAAUAUAAAAUUUGAUAAAUUUUCUUAAUUUUUUUCCAUUAAAAAAAAAAAGAUCAUUAUAGUUAAAUUUUUAUUGAAUUUUGUUUUCCGUUAUGAUCUAAAACUAAAACAACAUCAAAUAAUAAUUUUUUCCUUCUAUUAAUUUGUAUCAAAAUUUGAUGAAUAUUUUUUUGUUUUCAUUCUUUCAGAAAAUUAUGAUGCCUAUAUCAUUGUGUCUUUCUCAAAUGCCACUCUAGUAUUGUCCAUUGGAGAAACUGUGGAAGAGGUUUCAGAUUCAGGUUUCUUAGGAACAACACCGACAUUAUCUUGUUCUCCAUUAGGCGAUGACGCUGUAGUACAAAUAUAUCCAAAUGGUGUCCGACAUAUACGUUCUGACAAACGAAUGCAUGAUUGGAAAGCUCCCGAAAAAAAGAAAAUUGUUAAGUGUGCAGCUAAUCAACGACAAGUUGUUAUUGCACUCGGGGGUGGUGAACUUGUGUAUUUUGAAAUGGAUCCGGUAAAUAAAUAACUUAAUAACAUAUUAAUAAUUAAUAAGUUCAAUAUUUCAUUUAAUUAAAAUAACAUAUUUUAAGUGUUCUAUAAAAACUGAGCAAUUAUUUCUCAAUAUUUUGUGUAUUUACAACAUUAUAACAUAUUUGAAUUGCAUCUUAAUAUUUUUUGAAGUAUUUUAUAUUAAUAUUUCAAAAUCACUUUUCAUUGGUGCUAUAUUAACUUCAUCAACAUGUCGCCUUCUAAAAGCCGAUAUAUGCUCAUUGAAGUGAACCAUGUUUGUACAUUCUGUAUUCAUUUAAAAUCUACGACUGCACAUUUUAAUGUUUGAAUUAUUUGUGUUUUAUUGAAUAAUAUAAUAACUACGAUUUAGAUGUGUGCUAAAUAAAAUAGUAAACAUGUCGCCUUCUAAUAGCCGAUACAUGCUCAUUGAAGUGAACCAUGUUUACACAUUGUUUAUAUUGGAUUGGUUAUAUUUAAUAUUUACUUGUGGAUAAUUUAAGUUAUUUAAAUAAUUAUUUCCAGACUGGUCAUUUAAAUGAACAUAAAGAUCGUAAAGAAAUGAAUUCAGAUGUUCUUUGUAUGGCAUUGGCAAAUGCCCCUUCGGGAGAACAAAUGUCUCGCUUUUUGGCUGUUGGUCUAACAGAUGAAACUGUCCGUAUCAUUUCUUUAGAUACCAUUGUAAGUUUAUUAUUUAAAGUUCCACAUUUUUUUAUUUAGAAAAGUAUAUUGGUGAAUAGUGUAAACAUUUGUAAUAUAUUUUAUUCCAAAAUUUAUUGCUGAAUGUCUAUUUUAAUAAAUUUUGUAAACAAAAAAAUAUGAUAAUGAUAGCUCUAAACUCUGGUGUUAUUAUUAAAAACAAAUCAUUGAGUAGAAAAAUAGUCUUUUUUUUAUUUAUCAGAAAUUCUGGAAUUUCUUGGAAAUUCUUUAUAUAUGUAUAUGAUGUCACAUGUAUUAUAUGCAUGUUUGAAAAACAAGUAUAAUAAUUACUUAUCUUAAUUUAACAUUUAAAGGAUUGUUUAGUUCAACUGAAAAUGCAAGCUAUACCUGCCAUGCCUGAAUCAUUGUGUAUCGUAGAAAUGGGUGCUAGCGACGGAGGUUCUUCGGAUGAACCUGGAAUGAAUUCGUUAUCCAUGUUGUAUUUGAACAUUGGAUUACAAAAUGGUGUACUACUUCGUACUGUCCUAGAUGGUGUGACCGGGGAAAUGGCAGACACUCGUGCACGUUAUUUAGGAGGCAAACCAGUUAAAUUGUUUAAAAUCAGAACUAGAGGCAAUGAAGCAGUAAGUACACCUUCAAUAUCGUGAUUUAUUUGUAUGUAUAUUAUUUGUGUCUUUUUAGGUACUUGCCAUGUCUAGUAGGUCAUGGUUGAGUUAUUAUUACCAGAAUCGUUUUCACUUGACUCCGUUAUCAUAUGAAAGCUUAGAAUAUGCAUCUGGUUUCUCAUCUGAACAGUGUCCUGAAGGUAUAGUUGCAAUAUCUGGUAAUACUCUACGUAUUUUGGCUCUGGAAAAAUUGGGUGCUGUAUUCAACCAAGUUUCAUUUCCGGUUGAAUAUACACCUAGAAAGUUUGUUAUUCAUCCUGAUUCUGCUCAUUUAAUUGUGGUGGAAACUGAACAUAAUGCAUACACUGAGCAAACUAAAAAACAGAGGCGAAUUCAAAUGGCAGAAGAGAUGCAAGAAGCUGCUGGUGAAGAAGAACAGGAUUUAGCUAAAGAAAUGGCUGAAGCAUUUUUAAAUGAAGAUUUGCCAGAAAAUAUUUUUGGUGCUCCUAAGGCUGGUCCUGGAAUGUGGGCAUCUUUAGUUAGAUUGUUCAACCCAGUUCAAGGCAUAACAGAAGCUGUUUAUAGGUUCCCACAAAAUGAAGCUGUUAUGAGGUAUGCAGUUUAUUUUCAUAAUUCAAAUAUUGUAUUUUUAAUAUAUUUAUAGUAUUAUAAAUUAAUAUUUUAAAUUGUUAAAAAAAAUUUUUAUAGUGUUGCUUUAGUUCGAUUUUCAAGUUACCCAGAUUCACAAUUUGUCUUAUUUGGUGUUGCUAAUGAACUUCAUUUAAACCCACGACAUGUUACUUGUGGAUAUGUUUACACUUACAAGUAAGUAACUAUAAAUAAUUAAUAAAAUUGUCAAUGGUAGUUACUGGUUUAAUAUGAUUUAUUUAUUUACAGAGUUAACCCUACUUGCACAUCUUUAGAAUUAGUACACAAGACUACUGUGGAUAAUGUGCCAACUGCAAUAUGUGGAUUCCAGGGACGUGUUUUGAUUGGUAUUGGUAGAAUAUUACGUCUCUACGAUAUUGGUAAAAAAAAAUUGUUGCGAAAAUGUGAAAAUAAAGUAAAUAAUUUUAGACAAUAUAGUUAGAUGAUGAAAGUUCAAUUUAUUAUUUCUAUUUUAUCAACAGCAAAUACCUUUAUUAAUAAUUGGAAUUCGCGUCAUGGGCUGCAGAAUUUAUGUGAGUGAUGUCCAAGAAAGUGUCUAUAUGGUACGUUAUAAGCGAAAUGAAAAUCAAUUAAUUAUAUUUGCCGAUGAUACGCAACCUAGGUAUAUUACAGCUAUGGAAAUACUUGACUAUAAUACUGUUGCUACAGCUGACAAAUGCGGAAAUAUUUCAGUGGUGUGUAACUUUUGAUAUUGAAAUAAAAAUUUUCCUAAAAAUAUUUUAAACUAUAUUAAAUUUUUGUUAUUUUAGGUACGUUUAGCAUCUUCAAUAUCAGAUGAAGUUGAUGAUGAUCCCACUGGUAAUAAAAGUCUUUGGGAUCGUGGUUUACUUAAUGGUGCCUCGCAAAAAGCUGAUUUCAUUGUGAAUUUUCAUGUUGGAGAAAUAUGCACAUCAAUACAAGUAAAUAUUAUUGUGCCAUAAUAAAAUGAUAACCAAUUUGAAUGUUUAAUUAAAUUUAAAUUUUAUCUUUCAAAUUGUACUAAUAUAAAUAAUAUCGCAAACAUUUUAUUGUCUGAGAUGAUGUUUAAAUUUCACACGUUAGACUAAUGACCAUUUAUGAUUAUUAUUUUUUUUGACUGAUCAGACAAAAAUUUGAAUAUAUUAAUUUUUCUUAAUAUUGUAUAUUUUAAAAAAAUUUAGGGUGUGUUAUUACAUAGUAUGGAAAAACCUUUUUUUUACCCUACAUUUUUAGUUUGUUUUGUUUGUUACUAUGGUAAUGAAUAAACUAUUUAAUUAUGUUGAAAGAAAAUAAAUUUGAAAUAAAAUCAAAGUCUGAAAUGAUGAUUAAAUUUUGCACACGUUAGACUUAUGAAUGUUUGUGAUUAUAAUUUAUCUUAACUGAUCAGGCAAUAAUAUGAAAAUACAAAGUAAUAAUAAUAAUUUAUAAAAUAAAUUAAUGAAAUUUCAAAUAUUCUUUUAUAAAUAAAUUAUUAAUUAUAAUUGUCAGUAUAUUAUAUUAUCAUUUUAGAAAGCCACAUUGAUCCCAGGAGGUUCUGAAUCUCUAGUUUAUGCUACUGUAACUGGUACUAUUGGUGUUCUUGUGCCGUUUACUGCACACGAAGAACAAGAUUUCUUCCAACAUCUUGAAAUGCACAUGCGUUCUGAGAACCCUCCUCUUUGUGGACGUGACCAUCUAUCAUACCGAUCUUACUAUUUCCCAGUAAAAGUUAGUUAAAUAAAUUGUUCCAUGUUAUACUGAGUUAUAAUUUGUUUUAUUUUGCUAUUUGUUUAGAAUGUUUGCGAUGGUGAUUUAUGUGAGCAGUAUAACUCUAUUGAUAUUGCUAAACAAAAGAGCAUUGCUGCUGAUCUUGACAAAACACCGGCCGAAGUAUCUAAACGACUCGAAGACAUAAGGACUAGAUAUGCAUUUUAAAUAUAAAAUAAUAUUAAUAAUUUAUUAUAUUAUUACUAAUAAUAUCUUGGUUUUUAUAUAUACAUAUACAGAAAAAUCAUUUCAAAAAUAUAAUAAUUUCCAAUUAUUAAUUUGUAUGGCGUGUCUUGAUUUAUUUUUUUGAUAAAGUUUAGGUAUAAUAUAUAUUUAUUUUAAGUCAACAUGUAAUUGCAAGUAAAUGUUUUAAAAUAGUAAAAUGUAAAACUAAAAAAUUGUAAGUAAAUUAUUAUGAAGAUACUAAUGGGGGGGGGGGGUUAGUUUUGUAUGUAACAUAGUAUUUUUAGCAAUAAAUUUUAACUCAUCAUUUUCUGUUCAACUAUCAGUUAAUAUUGUAAGUUUUUACACUAUGUAAAUAAAAAAAUUUUAAAAAAAA